ACAGAAUAAUCACAAAAUCACAUCAAAAUUACAAAAAAUUUUAACUUUGUAGAUUGUGUGAUGUGUUUGUUUCUAACUUGAAAUAUGUUGUGGGUAUAUUAAAACACAUAGAAUGUUAAUAUGGAGAAAUUCUUAGUGUAAUUCAUAAAACAUCUUAUAGUUAUUGAUAUCCACUGCCAGAAAAAUGUCAAAUUCAUCAACAAGUAUUAAAAACCAUUCGAAGAAAGCUAGUAGCAGCAGAGACCGGGACAGGAAUAAAUCUGUGGCGUCAGAAUCAGGAGGCUCCAGUCAGUGUGAUACUCCUCCGCUCAAUGAAAAGGAUAGUACUACAUCUCAAGGCAAGUUUGCUGGAGUCAGUGCUGACUCAGUGCAAUGCAUGGCUGACCAAGUUGGCGCUGAGAUCAAUGUUGAGGCCGCCACAAACUUGGCAGAAGAUGUCAGCUACAAGUUGCGACAGACUAUAUGUGCCAUUGCUCUACACAGCGAGAUGAUGAAGAAGUCCCGAGUGGACACGUGGGAUGUGAACACGGUGCUCACGCUCUCGGACACAAGCCCGGUGGUCGGAGCAAACACAGUGAAGUAUGCCACUGUCGGGGAAGGGAAGAUCUGCUGUGCUCUGGAGCCGGUGAUGAAUGUGACAGAAUACGCGAUGACGUCACAGAGCUAUGUGUACUCCACAACACCCACGGUAUCCGUGGAGUGGAUCACGGACGAAAAGAGUCUGAACAACAACACUAACAUCAGUGCAGCUUUACAAAAUUAUUAUACUAAAGUAGCAAGAGCAAUACUGAACCUCAGAAAGAAGCCUAAAGAACUAGCAGUGGAAGAUCUCACAACCAACACUCGAAUCGGUCCUAUAUUUCCGAACUUGUUCAACCUUGCGGUGCUAGUGCUGAACGACGAUAACCUGAACGCGCUCAACGUACCGGCGAAAAAACCGCUGCAGGCUAAUGUGCUUGACAUGGUUGAUGCGCUGUGUUCUAAUCCUUGCAGUUUGGAUACCAACAUACAGCAACAGUUUCAGCGGUUGUUUCCAGUGAUGGUGUCCAACAUUCUCGGCAAUGGCUCUCUAGCAGAUAAGAUGGUUCUAAUACUCACAAAAAUCACAAGAACGUGGCCCUCCUUUAUCGCAAUAGGUAAGGGUAUCCUGUUCGACUACCUCUCCCAAGGCACGUGCGAGCGGCUGACGGCGCCGAUGAUCCGCUGCGUCGUGGCGCUGGGCCGCAGCGCGCUCGUGCAGUGCCUCGGCGAGCACCUGGACCACCUGGACUCCAGGGUCCACGCGCCCAGGAAGGACCACGCCGGCGUCGGCCUCAGAGAGGCUCUGCUGGACGUGUCGACGUGCCUACUAAGAUCAGAACGGACGACGUUCUUAGAAGACUUCGUAAUGACUGACUACACCCUGUACGAGAUGCUGGGCGACUCCAUCUUACCAAGACGGACAUUGUUUCAUUAUAAAGAUGAAAAGCCGGUAGACACAACGAACGCCGACAAAGCAUCAGAAGAAGAAUUCCCAUACGUACUCCCCGUUCGGCCAGUCGCGCGGCGCCCUAAAGUCAGAUCCAUCCCCUUCCUGAGGCAACACAACGGUAUCCACAGAGAAGCAGUCUUCGAGCCCACCAAGUACUCCACAAAAAGUAUACACAUAAAGUUAAAAAGUUGCCGGACAAGAGAAAUACCCCUAAAGUUAACUAGAGUGCAAAUAACUAGGGCCCAAAUGAACAUGAACAUGUGUGUGCCAAGUGCGAACAGCGGCGAAGUGGUCGUGGCCUGCGGGCGCCUGACUAGGUUUAAGUAUAAACUCAGUAAUAGUGAUACAUUUCCAAUGUUUGGAGCUUUAACACUGUAGGUUAAGUAAAUAAAUUAUUGAU